AUGCGUAUCGAAAUAGGCAAGAAAGAGUCCGUCUUCAAGCCCGUGCCUUACAAGAAACUGGUGCCUUAUCAACACCUGAUCAUUAAAUUUGGCGAAACUGUAUCUUUGAAUAAUCCUGUUGGACUGGGUAUCUUUCUGGGGGGUUUAACUCUUGUUUGCUUCGCGAUUCACAUCUUGAACCCGCCUGUUAUUUCUUCGCUUUCGCUUCUUGGACUCUCUUACGUUUGGAUCGAAUGGGGAUUUGGAUUUUUCGCAAAUGAUGAGACGACAGUAGAGGAUGAACGAUUAAAAGAAAUUUAUCACAAAUACGUAUACGUAUCGACUUACUUGUCAAAAAUCUCGGACACUAUUUCAAAAUACAAGAAGGAUAGCGAACAAGUUUACCUUAUUUUUGUUACACUUGCCUUGCUCGGUCUCAUGUUCAUCGCAUCUUCGAUCAACAACAUUCUUCUUAUUUGGGCCUUUUCUGCAUGCGGAAUCACCUGUCUUGCUGCACUUUUAGAUGGAGAUGUCAAAAUCCGCUAA